AUGGCCGGUCUCAGCCCCCAAAUCACCAACCUGCUCAUCAUGCUGGGCAUGAUGCAGGUAUCGAAGCGGAUCCCGUUUGACGAGCCUGGCGUCCUGACGACGGUUCGGGCCGUGUACCUGGGAAGCAACGUCCUCAUCGCGCUGCUGUACUUGUACAUUCAUGCUCAGAUCAACAAGAAGAAGGACUUGACCACGCUCAAGUACGUCGAACCGCCGCCAAUGGGCUCCACCGAGGAAGGCAAGCUCGUCACCACCACCAUCCAGGCGUACGACAAGGACCAGCUCAAGGCUCUCGUCCGCGGCCAGAUGAUGGGCAUGGCCAUCAUGGCCUUUAUGCACCUGUACAUGAAGUACACGAACCCUCUGCUGAUCCAGUCCAUCCUGCCCGUCAAGUCGGCCCUCGAGAGCAACCUCACCAAGAUCCACGUCUACGGCCAGCCUGCCAUUGGCGACCUCAAGCGCCCGUUCAAGGCUGCCGCCGGGUUCAUGAGCGCCAUGCAGCAGGGUGCUGCUCAGAGCGACAAGAAGGCCGUCGAGGCUGCCGAGAAGUCUGGCCGUGGCGGCGCCAAGGAGGAGUAG